AUGCCAAGUCGAAACACCAAGCGCAAUGGCAAGAAGAAGGCCACUCCGACGCGAGCUCCGGCUGUAUCGUCUGCACAGUCGCAAGCACCACGCCCUGCUGCUGUGACGACUGAUGUGGGAGACAGGGACUCUAACGAGGAGAAACGUCGAAUCGCGGAAGAGACCUUGCGGAACCUACAGAAAUUCCGGGAGCUCAAGGAGGAAGACUCCAACCAAAUUGACCAGAACGAUCCGGCCGUUCAGCAGGCUAAGCGAAGUGGGAAGCAAAAGGCCACAGAGUCCAGGGACUUGGAAACACUGCCUACGUGGAAGCCCGAACAAAGAUUGACCAACGCCGGCGACUUGUCUGCCGCCGCCUUCGAGAAGGUCAGGCAACUGAUGGAGCUGACAGACCAGAACCAGCGAUUGAAAGCCAUCGCCAACGCGGCUAUUGCUCACUAUGGGGAGCAGAACGAAUCACUUUACCCUGGUGUCGAUAUGGAUCAAUACAUCAUCGCCCUUCCCUUCCAGAAGAAGCAGAUUCUGGGAAAUGCUAUCUACCCCAAGAUUGCUGCACUGCAACCAGAGCUCGUUGGAAAGAUCACUGGCAUGUUGAUUGAGAACGGCAAUGAGGUUCUACUCAAGCUCACACAAGACGAUGCUGCACUCCGCCGCGAGGUGGAUCUUGCUGUCAAAGUAUACAAUGAUCAUGUGAGGGAGCACGGGGUCCUGGAAGAAGAGCUGUUUCAUCCUGCGUCCCAGAUUGCGGUAAAGAAGGGACCGACUGCUUCUACCUUUGUCUUCUCCGCUGGCGGCAACAAGACUGUGCUCAGCGGUCAUGAAGACCCCCUCAGCUUCACUUUUGAUGAAGACGAUGAGUCCGACGAUACCAGCAUCGCUUCCAAGGUUGGGCGUCCGCUGCCUCGAAGUAUUGCCAAUAGUGCUAAAAGCAUGCACAAAUACCGCCAUUUCACCCGGAACAUUAUGAGCAAACACGGCACCAUGGACGCUCUUGAGCUCGACCCAGAUGACUACAUUAGCAUCUGGAUCGAUACAUACCUUGAGGUCGACGAAAAAUCCUGGAUAAACCCGACAGACAUCCUGUUCGCCCUCUUCUCCUCCUAUGCUCACGACAACGUUCCUCCACAUCAACACCGCUGGACAGAGUCUCCAACCCUACGACAACUCAUCUCCCUCAUCUUCUACGAGUUCCCCGGCACCCGUGCUCUGAACCCAGAUGAAGACAUGGUCCUCGACUUCGUCCAGGGCGUGACUUGGAAGGCGCUCUACAACCCCAAAGCCUGGUGGCAGAGCGAAUACAUGCCGUGGAUGAUGGUCACACAGUCCUCUGACGAUGCGUGGCACAACGUGGAAGAAGUAAGGAUAACGCAGAACGUGCCUCCGAAGAACCGAGUGCAUUUGUUGCUGCGCGAGUGGCUGGCGAAGUCGGACCAGGCGUCUGUACAAGCGGACAGCAUACUGCGGUACUACAGGGCGACGUGUGCGAGGGACGAGCCGGGGGUGAAGAAGCUGAGCGAUGCGGCGUUCUGGACUAUCUUCGACGAAAUCGCCGGCGAAUUCGUUGAGUACAAAGAAGUCAGCCCGAACCACGUCGUCGCCACUGGCGCGGCCAUCAAGAAUCUUCUGAAAGAGGGCGACGGCGUCAGGCUGGUGGACAAGUAUAAUCUGAUUUUCGGGAGCAAGAAAGGGGGGAAGGCGCUUAUACCGCAGGCGUACAUCAGCACCGACUGGCCUGUUAACAAGUUCGCGGAGCCUUGCGCUGUUGAUCCGCUGAAUCUGCUUCCUGACGCCGUCCCGGAUCCCUGGGCGCUGGAACUUGAGCUGGCGAAGAAGCGGAUGGCGAUGAGGAGGGCAGCAUUCCAGGCGCAGGCGGACCCGGAGCAGACGGAGUCUGAGACCGAUCAACAGCCGAGCUGCAACUGCCCCGGCACUGGACCAGAGCACCUACUCAGCUGUCCCCUAGGCCGAAGCAUUGACGAAGACCUCGUCGGCCGCGCUCACCGCGCCAUCCUCCACGAGCUCAAGGACUACCCGAACGAUGCAGACGGCAACCCUCUUGAUGAGAAUGCCCGCACAGCGAAAGCUGGCAUGAUAACGAGCAUCAUCGCGAAUUAUCAGCACGCAAACGCUGAAGACUCGUCGACAAGCCUCGAGCAGAAGGGUUUGAAUGCAGUGGCUCUGAACAAGCUGGCGAACCUGAUGGAGGUCAUGAACACGCAUGGUCACCGGCCACACGACGAGCAGGUGGCGGCAUUGGAAGAGGCGUUUGCGGCCAUGACCGUCAACGAGGGAGUGCCAGUACGAGCCGCAAUUGUCAGCGAGAUUGACAAGGCCAUAGACACCGAUCCCAGGAAGCCUCAAGACAGGGAAGAGGCGCAGGCCUCACUCGGCAGGAUUAGGAGGAUCACGACGUCAAUCAAAGCGCACAAAGUUACCCAGUCCAUGAAUGCAGAGCAGAAGGCCAGGUACGAGGACAUCUGGGACCGCAUAGCGAAUCCUAAGGACAAGUCUGGUAUUGAUGAUCUGGAGUACGAACUCACCAGAGUAGCGGGUCCGCCGGCAGAUGUGGCAAAAAGGAUGCAGGAGGGUAGCCAGGACCCACCGCCAACGCAAGGUAUCUGA